AUGCUUGAGUUUAUUGCUUGUUCUCUCUGGCCCUCGUCAGCCACUGCGGUCCAACCUUUAUUCGAUUCGUGCCAGCUGCAGCUCCGCACCUUUCGAGUCGCUACAAGCCAGAAGCCGGAGCUUGUGCGGUUGGCCGCCGGCCGUGCAUCCAUGUCGAGCUAUCUGAAUGAUCACCAGAUCAUUACGGAAAUCGAAGAGCGCUUCGACUCGCUGGAGGCCACUGUUGGCAGCGUCGACGAGCGUGUGGAGGGCUUGGAAGCGAUUGUGAAGGUCAUGCAGGAGACCCUCAAGGGGCGGAGCCUGAAGAGUGUGGACGUGGACACCGAAGAUACGACCCGAAUAAUGGGACCGAAGUGGGGAAAAGAAGCCUCAGGCCCCUCGCCCCUCCAACCUCCAGAAGAUGAUGAUGUCUCAGAGAUCUUGGAAGGGGUGCUUGUCGGAGAAGGCGCAGACAACAACAGCAUGGACAAGGAGAACAACGCGUCACAGUUGAAACCACGGACCGGACGUGGUCAGAGGAAAACGAUCUCCACGGCCAAGGUCACCCAAAUCAACGAGCGAACCUUGGACACGCAGACACAGGAGUACUACUCCUUUGGAGAAUCCACGUGGGAUCUCUUCAUGUUCAUCGGCACUGGUGCUCUCGGACCGCUGGGCUCCCUGCAAACCUUCAUUUUGGCGAUCGUAAAUGUCGUCAUGCAAGGGAUUUUCGUGGGAAUCGCCUUGUUCAACUUCACCGACCCGGAUAUCACUCCGCAAACCAUCGAAGACACUCUUCGCUGGCGACGUUCCUCAGGACAUGCGCUUUCUGAGUAUGAUGAUGUUUCGAAGUCCUCCUUGGUGGCACGUGUCUGCCAGUUGGACAAGUCACUGCCGGUUUCUGGCAUCCAGAUGAGCAUGUACGAGAACAUUCGAAAGUACAUCAAGCCUGAAGCGGUGGGUGUGGAACGGUUCUUCACGGGCCAGGUUCUUUGUGACAUGGCUGCACAGACCAAGCUCGAACGCGAGAUUUGCAGUCUUGCGGAAGUGCGGAUGGGAUCUCCGAAGAUUACCGUGAACAAUCUUCAAGGUCUGGUGGCACUGAUUUGCCGCUCAUCUGGAAAAGAGGAUCUCAUACGUCGCAGCUCCCUUCACGAGAAUCCGUUCACGCAGGUGACACACUACAGGCUCACCGCGGUUUCGCGGCGUCGAAAGAUUAUCAGUGCAAUUCUCCUAUUGUAUCGGUUGGUUGCCGCUGGCCUGUUGAUCUAUGUCGGGACCUUCUUCUUGGUUUACACUGUUAACGUCACAGAGCUCAUCCUGAACGCAGUUGCCCUCGGCAUCAUCUUAGACAUUGAUGAUCUACUUUUCGAUGCUCUCGCUACAACACCUGGCCGACAUCUGGUCCACCAGUUGGACUCGCUGCCCAUGCCUUCCUUCCCUCGGUUUCGAGGUGCCGACGCAAAGUCGAUGACCAUGAGUUUCCUGAUCCCAGGACUCACUAUACUGAUUUACUUCACGAUGCUGGCUCCCAUUGUUCAGACCCUUACAGACGUGUCAACUGCAAUGUGCGGCGGGGCACAUCAGUUCGUCUGGACCCUCGAUAAGCGCAGGGUCGUGCUAAUGUCGCCGACGACUGGGGGUGGUUGGGACAACCUCUCUGGCUCCAUCCAGUUCCUGGCCGUGGAUGAGGCAGAGGGUUUACCGACAGUUGACGGCAUCCCCAAUCUGGAGGCUAUCCAAGAGACGGAGUACGGAUUUUGGGUGAGAGAGGUGAGCCUUGCCAUCAGAGUGGGAAGUUGUGGUACUGGAGAGCGUCGGAUCAACGGGAGCAGAUUGACAGAGGCCUCUGUUCUAUCAUUGGAGGAAACCGUGGAUGCCUACAACACAGACUGUGGAGACAUCGGCAACCAGGAGCCGAUCCUGAACUACUUGAGGAAUGCGGUGGGUAAUCAAAGCCUUCGAGGCUGCGCUGACGCAAAGCCAUACUGCAACUCCGUAACCAAGAUGCCGGGGUGGACAAACGACGAUGGAACUGGCUUCACAGUGCGAAUGUUUUGCUCUGAGACUUGUGGCUGUACUGAUCCAGGGGGCGAACGUCUAAGUAUCGAGGGCUGUCCAUACGGAAAGGGCCGCCCGUGCUGGAGAACAGCAGCUUUCGAGGAUGCACUCGUCACCGCGGUGUGCAAAGAAAAGAGCGCGGAGGAACUGCGAAACUUCACGCCGUGGGUCAGCUGGGUGAACACCAUCGAGGCAUUCAGCCAGGAGGAGGGCAACCUCCUGGGGAAGCCCGAGGCAGCCCUCCUGGCACAGGCAAUGUGGGAGCACGGAUGCGGCUUCGCCGCCAAUCUUUCUGCAGAGAACAUCAGCUGGGGCACGUGUGAUCAGUGGAACACCACUUUCGAUUGGCACUGGAAGACUGUCGCGCACUACUGCCCUGAAUCUUGCUCCUGUGGCUGGAACAGUCCUGCAGAGAGCACCUGUCCAUUGCCACUGGGGCGGACUUGCGACGACCUGGAGGAUUGUCUUUUUGCCAACAAUCAGUACUACUGUCCUGAGAAUGCGCCAACGAUCAAAGGCAGCCUCGUCCUGGACGUAAACAAUCCUACGUUGCUGCUUGCGCAUGUGAAUUCCCUGGGCAUCGCCAUCCAGGAGCUGGUCGCUGGGAUUGCUGGAAAUGGUGUUGAGCCAUGGAUGGUCUACCCCAAAGAACUCGGCGGCGUUCCGGGGAGACGCCUCGCGAUGUUGCAGCUGGAGUUUGAGAUCUUCCAGAUCGGUGGCAACAUGGACGAAGACGAUAUCAAAAACAACCUCCAAACCGCGGAAUCCAGCCAGAUGACUUCGUCAUUCGUCGCCACAUUGGACGGGCUGGGUGUCAACACAGCCGCUUGGGGACUGUCAGUCCAAGCCAUCUCCUUCGGACGAUCUGGACCAGACAGUGGUAGCGGCCCUGAUAGUGGUACUGGCACUGGAAGUGGAAGUGGCAGUGGCAGUGGAAGUGGCUCUGGAAGUAGCCAAGAUGGUGGAGAUGACGGUGCUGGCGAUGAUGGAGAUGAUUCUGGCGACGACAGUGGCGGCGGAAGCGGCUCAAGCGGCAGCGGCAGUGGCCCAAGCGGAAGUGGUCCUAGCGGGGAUGGGGAUGAUGGUUCGGGCGGCGGAGAUGGGGAUGACGGUUCUGGUGGCGACACUGGCAGUGGCAGUGGCCCUGGCAGUGGCAGCGGACCCAGCGGAGAUGGAGAUGGUGGUUCCGGUGAUGAUACUGGUGGCAGCGGCCCCAGCGAGGAUGGAGGUGACGGUUCUGGUGGCGACACUGGCAGUGGCAGUGGCCCUGGCAGUGGCAGCGGACCCAGCGGAGAUGGAGAUGAUGGUUCCGGUGAUGAUACUGGUGGCGGCAGCGGCCCCAGCGGGGAUGGAGGUGACGGUUCUGGUGGCGACACUGGCAGUGGCAGUGGCCCUGGCAGUGGCAGCGGACCCAGCGGAGACGGAGAUGAUGGUUCCGGUGAUGAUACUGGUGGCGGCAGCGGCCCCAGCGGGGAUGGAGGUGACGGUUCUGGCGGCGACACUGGCAGUGGCAGCGGCCCAAGCGGGGAUGGAGAUGAUGGUUCUGGUGACGACACUGGCAGCGGCAGUGGCCCCAGUGGCAGCGGAAGUGGCACCGGCACGGGUCCUGGCACUGGUAGUGGUCCGGGUGGAAGAUAG